GAGAAUGGCGAAGUCGUGUAAAGGCCUCACCAUGGAACUUGUCAAGUGCCUCAACAAAACCGACUGUAUCAAGAUCGAGAAGCGCUCAUACAGGGAUUGUCUUGGAGAAAAAAGUCCAUCCAUAUCAAGCGAGUGUGUUGGCCUAAGGGAGACAUAUUUCAAUUGCAAGAGAGGCCAGGUUGACAUGCGAUCUCGAAUACAUGGAAACAAGGGGUAUUAGGCAGAGUACUAUGCAAAUGUAACUGCAUCACAACAGCCAGUGUCUAUGGAAUACUUUUUUGGGAGUUUUAUGUUC